AUGAAGGUUAUUCACUCACCUUCUGACGAUCAGGUUAGUGCGUUCCGUUUUCCUAUCCCGCCUUUCCGUAAUACUAACCCUAAGGCCUGGUUUAACCAGCUAGAGUCCAUUUUUUCGUUACAUGGCGUCCACUCUGACAGCGUCAAAUUUCACUGCGUUAUCGCAGCGCUUCCCCCGCAAGUCGUAGAUGACCUCGACGACAUCUUGGAACUUCCGGAAUAUCAGAAAAGUUAUCAUGAGCUUAAGGCCGUCGUCUUAAAGCGAUUUGGCAUAUCAGACCAUGCUCGCGUUACGCAGCUUCUUAACGAAACCGAGCUAGGUGAUCGAAAGUCUUCGCAGUUGCUGCAUUAG